AGCUAGUUUGGUGCCACAUAGCUGCUCUGUUGGGCAUUAUUGCUGCCAGAAAAGGCGCAUAAUCGAUCAUAGAUCGAGGAGACAGCGCCUCGAUACAGAGGAUCGACCCAUGGCGCGACUCACCACAGCCCUCCUAGGCCUCAUGCUCUCAGCAGCCGCGCUGGUGCCGCCGACGACGCAGCGACGGCGAACCAGCGCGCGGCACGCUGCGGAGGAGGAGGACGACGACCCGUACCUCUCGCCGCGUAGUCGUUUGGCAGGGUAUGUGCUCAACGGCGGCACGGAGCCGGCGUUCUCCUCACCUUUAAACGACAUCAAGCAGAGCGGUGACUUCGUCUGCGCGCGCAAGGGAUGUGAUAGUGUCCUCUUCCGCACGGACACGAAGUACGACUCGGGCACGGGCUGGCCCUCGUUCUGGGACCCCGUCGACGACAACGUCAAACUCGAAAAGGGCAAUUUCAUGAGCUUCAUGUUCGGCACCGAGUGCAAGUGCGCGAAGUGCGACGGGCACCUCGGCCACCGGUUUGAUGACGGACCCAUCAUGAAGAGUGGAAAACGCUACUGCAUCAACGGCGCCGCGCUGCGGUUUCGCGAGUCGAUCGGCGCGGGACCGCCUCCCGACACGUUUCCCGACGCCCCACCCUUGUAAUAUUAUUGAAUAGU